AAUAAAUAUACAAGCAAGUGUCAUAGAACCCUUGCAAAAUUAUUUUAAUUAGAUUAAGAAAGCCACUGCUACUGGUCACAUCUAUGGUUAGAUAAAUUAAAUAUGAAUGCAGUUUUGAAUGAAAUAAAAGUACAGUCAGUCAAGUUAACAUUACUUCAUGCAUUAUCUAACAUCAACACAUUGGGUGAACAAUAUAUUUUUUACAUGUAUGCCCGCUGGAUGGUGUUGCUAAGAACUUGCAAUGUAUAACUAUUAUCAGACCAGCCCUCGCGGCCUCCAAACACUACCGGUCCACCGGGAAAAGUCCUGACCCUCCCGAUUGCCACUCCACUACUGGUUGCUUUGGACAAAUGUAACAAAUGAAUAAUAAUAGUAAAUGUUCUCUUUAGAAUUUAUCACAGGUUCAAACUUCAGCUGAAGCACCAUUACUAGCCCAGACAACUGCUGCCUGUCCAACACAUGCCUGCCACCAUCAUCAGCACAGAGACCUGAAACACCACUGUCUGAAGCUGCAGCUGUUGCCACAAGAGAGUUCCACUCUACUGCCACAACAUCAUCAUGGGAGCAAAGUACACCCCAGUGCUCUCAUAGUACUACAGAAUCACCAUUGGUCCCACUGACAUCUACCUCUCCACUUCCGAUCCAGGGCAAUAAGAGCCCUGUGAUCUAUGAAUGGGUGAAUGCUGGAACUCCAGAUUGUGGUGGUUAAUAAACAACACUGCAUGUGUCUUGUGGAAUAACAUUGUUGCCGGAGGUGGACUACAGGGUUAUACCACCAGCAAAUGAAGAACAUUCAAACUCCGAAGUUCAGAAUGGGGGAGGACUUUGUGGUUCUAACAGACACAGAGGAAGAAACUGUUAUGUUGGGCUCUCCCAAUUACACCAAUUCAGACUCUGAAGAAGCAGAUUUGGCUGACAUUCUGAGAUCAUUCCAGAAAGACCACCUUGACACUCAAAAUUGUGCCAUUGUUGUUGCAAGACGGUCAAAAAUUCUUCACAGUGCCUGUCAAGCUCUGUCAAAGUCCUACUUUGCUUGGAACAUAACUCCACGAAUUGAGUUUGUUGGAGAGUCUGCUGAAGAUCAUGGUGGGCCACAAAGAGAGUUCUUUAGGCUCUUAAUGAUCGAGGCACAGUCAGCACUUGGAAUUUUUGAAGGAAAGCAAGGCCAGGUUUUUUUUGCUUACAACCAGUCAGCCUUAGAACAGAACCGGUUUUACACGUGUGGAAAACUCAUUGCUUGGUCACUGAUUCAUGGAGGCCCAGGCAUUAAAGCCCUCCAUCCGGUUUUGUAUUUGUUGAUGUGUGGACAGGAAGGGCAGUUGGAUAGGUUUGAUUUUCAUGACUUGCCAGAUGAUGAAGUGCAGUUAAAGUUGCAACAGAUCAAGCAGUGCAAAAGUGUGGGAGACCUAAUUUCACUGAAGGCCUCUCUUGGAGACUCGAUUGCAGAAUGUGGGGUACCCUCGAUCUACAAUGCUGGCCUUCCUGAAAUGCCCAGAGUUUACAGCCUGGUCAUUAAACACCUUAUUUAUCUUAGGCCUGCUAGCAUGAUUUCACAGUUUAAGGCAGGAAUUAAUUCAUGUGGAUCAAUUUGGCAGACAGUGGAAAAAAACUGGAUCGCAUUCAAUAAUCAGAAAAUACUAUCUGACAUUCAUGACCGGUGCUGAUGCUGUCCCUCCUCUUGGCUUUCCCAAAAAAGCUGAAAUUGACUUUUACACUCAAGAAGAUGGAUGCCGGAGACUGCCUUAUGCAUCAACUUGCUCAAUGGUGCUUUUCCUUCCAAGAGGGGUACUUAAUGAGUCAGAGUUAGAAAACCUGCUGAUAGAUGCAGUUAAAGGCUCAGUUGGGUUUGGAAAAAAUUAGAUCUGGUAUAAUAUUCUGAAUCUUGCUCUUGAUCAUGUUCUUGAUCAUGCUGCCAUGGUUUUCCAAAUGUUCAGUAUAUUAGAGUAAUAGUUGACCUCAAAAUGAAAAUGAUCCCAUAGUUUAUUCACCCUCAAGUCAUCCUAGUUGUAUAUGACAUUCUUCUUUCAGUCGAACACAAUUCUAUUAAUAUUAAAUCAAAUUCUUAAUAAAAAUAAGAAAGUCCUAUACAACUAGGAUGAAUUGAGGGUGAGAAAAUUAUGGGAUAAUUUUAAUUCUGGGGUUAACUAUUCUUUACAAAUAUAGACAUGUUUGUCCAAAGGCUAUAGUUCACCUCUAACCUUUAAAAAUGAGUUGUAGUGACUGUUCUGAUAAAAAAAGACUACAUUUGCCUGAAAGUACAAAAACAUUUCAAUAGUUUAUUGUUACACAAUGUACAGAGGACAUAUUGAGAACACAAAACUGUAUUUGUCUAUAAAAUAC